AACUCUCAAAUAUUCCACUACGUUUUUGCUCAUCAAGCCUAAAAGACACCGCAAGGCCACCAUGGAAAUGAAGAAGAUUGCUUGUGCUCUCCUCUUCGCAGCCGCCUCUGUCAGCUCUGUGAUGGCUCAUGAAGGCCACGCCCACGCGCCGGCCCCGGGACCAGGAGCAGCCCCAAAUGAUGCCUCCGUCAGCCUCCCCGUCCUGGGGUCCGUGGUUGGUGCCUCCGUUGUGUCAUUCAUUGCUUACUACAUGCAUUAAAAUAAUAAAGAAGACAUGACAACUGAGAGAGAUUCAACUGAGUAAUUCAAAAGAAGGGGAAUGAGAUUGAUGUUUUCUUUAGUUCCUGAAUAGAGGGUCUCUCUUGGUUCUCAUUCUUUCAAAUUUAUGUGAACCAUAUAUUGUAAUAAUAACGUAAUAAA